GUCAACACUUCUUUGAUGCUUUCCAAGACGCAAACGGGGAACUGCCUAAGAGUAUAAGAUGCCGCUCGUGGAAGGCACAAAACAGAAGCCAAGUAUUUGGUCAAGUUCGCUUGGUAAGAUUCAUCAGAAGGGUUGAAUCUGAGAAGCGUUCUAUCCAGGUCUUGGCAUUGAGAGAGGAUUGAUAAAAGAGAUCCUAGACCGUUCAAACAUGGCUUUAGCGGGUUCGAGAUGUGCACUUGUACUUUUUACAAUUCUUCUGAUGACUGCUGCGGCUUCUGGAGCCAAGCUUUCAAACUACUAUUAUUAUAGAACUUGCCCGAACGUGGAAACGAUCGUCCGCAACAAAGUGAACCAGAUAGUCACUGCGAAUCGAGGAAUGGCUCCAGGCUUACUUCGACUGCAUUUUCAUGACUGCUUUGUGCGGGGUUGCGAUGGAUCCGUACUCCUCGAUUCAGCCUCCCACACGGGGGAGAAAGAUGCCCCGCCAAACUUUGGCUCCCUCAGAGGAUUCGCUGAAGUUGAUGCAAUCAAGGCCACGGUCGAAAGCGCCUGCCCUGGUGUGGUUUCAUGUGCAGAUAUCCUGGCUCUGGCAGCCCGGGAUGCUGUGGUGAAGGUCGGAGGCAAGUAUUGGUCCGUGCCUCUCGGACGCAAGGAUGGCUUCACGUCUUCUCUGGUCGAAGCGAAUGCUAGCCUGCCGUCUCCAUUCAGUACCUUCUCUCAGCUCGUCCAAAACUUCGCUGCCGUGGGACUCAACGCCAAGGAUAUGGUCAUUCUGUCAGGCGGGCACACCAUCGGACAGGCUCACUGCGCUGUGGUCAUUCCUCGUCUCUACAACUUCAACGGGGUGCCCGGAGCCACCGAUCCAUCGCUGGAUCCCACCUUCGCCAACUUGCUCCGAACGCUGUGCCCUGCGGACCAGCCUCUGACCUUCGUCGGGCAAAUGGAUGCCACCAACGCCACAUUCGACAACAAGUACUUCAAGGCCGUGCAGAGCCGCAGGGGCCUGUUCCCAUCGGACGCUGCCCUCAUCACCAACUCCUUCGGCCGCAGGGUCGUCAGCAUUGCAGCCAAGAACCCCGGCAGCUUCUCGACAGACUUCGGAAAGUCGAUGGUGAAAAUGGGCAGAAUUGGUGUUCUGACUGGAGCUGCGGGGGAGGUCAGGCGAGUGUGCUCUGCUGUCAACAACAAUCAGGCAUUAUGAUUCAGGAGAUACGAAGGGUAUCGCAUAAACUGAAGUGAACCUCGGCAUCGAUGAUGGAGGCAGAUUUUAUUCAGGAACUGUCGUGUAACUCUUCAUUGCAUUCGAAGUGCGACAGAUCGAUAAGGGCAGAAGCUUGCCGGGUACGAAUGGUACCUCGGCACUCUACCGAUGUCUGACUGGACUGGUAGGCAGCUCCUUGGGACCGGCGAAUGCGAUCGCUAAAUUGCAAGGAGUGGAUUCCUUAAAAGAACGAUAGAUUAAAUGAGCCUUAAGCAUAAGUACGAUAAAUUUUUAUAAUACUUUGCACUUAGUUAGGUGACAAUUGUACGGACGAUUAAUUGACUAACACUCUUCAUACCUUGCCGUUCAUUUCCAUGCGGCGAGAUCCAAAUAAAAUCUUUGAAGAUCUUUCUUCGAUCUAUGUAUGAUAUAUGUCUGUACAAGACCAGAUUGCCACGAUCCGGACACUCCUAAUAAUGUUCUGUUAUCAACGUCAAGCAAU